UGGUUGCAGUAAGUAAAACUCAGUUUAUUGUGCAUGAAAUAAAUGUCCAAAACUACUUCCCUGGCAAAGUUACCAUAUUGGCACUUUUUAAAAGACAGAUCUGCUCUGAUCUAGUUGCCGUGGCCUUCAAUUUCUGGAUGACUAACUUGGAGGAAUUUACGCACUAUCCCUUCUUUGGAACAGUACUGUAUGUUGAAAUGCCAGGAGAGCAAGGGUCGCCCGAGGCUGCUUCUCUGACGUCCUUGUCUAAGGCAGCCCUUAGAUAAGCAGCUAGCUAAACAAACUCCGCAGGAGGUCUCGAUAGGCAAAUUCAUAAGCCUGUAUCUAGAAGCUCAAGUCUGACCCACUGAGCUAGGCCAAGUCUACCCAGCCCCCAGUUGUCAGUGUUCCCCUCCAGCGCCCCUGUGGAAAGGGCAGCCUCAGGCAGCGCCGGGCAAAUUCGGACCCCCUCCGCCGACCUCGCCGCGAGCCGGUGCCAGAACCGCCGUCUUUAGCUGGACCGCAGCCACACAGGGAAGACUUCAGCCCCAGAACCGACGGGACCCGGUCUCCAUCGGCGGCGGCCUUCAGCGAGCGGCGGCCUUCAGAGGAGCUCGCUCCAGCAUCUUGGCUACUCUGUCCCCUGGUCACGAAGAUGUCGGCCUCCAACGUCAGCUUGCUGCACGAGACCUGCAGGCAGGUCGCGGCCGGAGGGUGUGCAGGUCUUGUAGAAAUUUGCCUGAUGCAUCCCCUCGAUGUGGUGAAAACCAGGUUCCAGGUUCAGAGAAGUGUAACAGACCCACAGAGUUAUAAAAGCUUAAGAGACAGCUUUCAGGUGAUCUUCCGAACAGAGGGGUUGUUUGGCUUUUACAAGGGAAUUAUCCCACCGAUUUUAGCUGAAACACCAAAAAGAGCUGUCAAGUUUUCCACCUUUGAGCUGUACAAGAAAUUUCUGGGAUAUAUGUCACUAUCACCAGGGCUGACAUUUCCCAUUGCUGGAUUAGGAUCUGGACUAACAGAAGCCGUCGUGGUUAACCCUUUUGAGGUGGUAAAAGUUGGUCUACAAGUCAAUCGGAACAUGUUCACAGAGGUUAUCUUGCAGGCAAUCACAACUCUUGUGAGCUCAAGGGGGUGCUAGCCCUGUCAGUGUCCAGAAGACAGCUUUGUGACUAUCCUCCCAAACCUCUGGCUCUUACAGUCCUUCUGCCCUGUCUUCCAUGAUAUUCCCUGAAGCUUGAGAGUGAGUGGAAUGUGGACGCCCGUUUCGUGGCUGAGCAUUCCACUGCGAAGUAUGCACUGAGAUUCUACCCGCCAUGAGUUCCAUUAACCACAGUCUACACAAAGAAACUUCUCUGAUGGAGUCUGAGAGCUGUGUUCUACAAGUGAUAAUGGAUUCACCCAUUGGGCUGUGAGCUCCCCAACCAUGGACCCAUGGGAGAUUUACAGUGGCAGGCAUGGGUUUCCUCCUGUGGCACAGGCUUUAAGUCCAAUGAGAAAGUGCUUAGUUACUCCAUAUAAUAUUUAUGCCACUGUAUUUUUAAAAUAUCUAUUGACAAGUUGUGGCUUUUUUUAAAUUACACUUUUCAUUUCACCAUCCUGGUUACUGACUCGGAAAUAAGUAAUUUUUGUGUUUUCAUAUAUUCUAGAUAUUACCCUGCAUCAAGUAUAGCUAGAAAAGACUUUUCUCCGGUUCUUUAGGCUGUCUGAUCGCUGCUGAUAGUGUCAUUUGCUGUGCAGAAACCUUUAGUUUCAUGUAUUCUCAUUCAUUGAUUCUUGGAUUUCUAUAGUUUUAUGCAAGAGAGUUUUAUGCACAGUUAUUGAAUAUACUCAAGGGUAUUCCCUGGAUUUUCCUAUAGAAGUUACAGAUUUUAAAGUUUUAAAAUAACCUCUUAAAAUAAAAUAAAAUAAACUCUUUCAUUUUGUUUUAUUCUGUGUACACGCUCUGCCUGCAUGGGUCCAUGCACCAUAUGCAUGAUUGGUGCUGGCAAAGUCCAACACCAUUUAUUGACGUGCUGUCAUUUUUUCUUGACUCUUUGGCCAUGCUAUAUGGGUUUAUCUCUUGUUCAUCUAUUCUAUCGUUCUACCUAUGUGAUUUUAUGUUGACAGCAUGCAUUUUUGUCACUAUACUUCUGUAGUUUAUUUUGAGGAACAUUUAUCCACUGUUGGUGACAGUAUAAACUAGUAAAACAACUAUAGAAAUCAGUAUGGCAGACCCUCAAAAAAUUAAAAAUAGAGCUACCAUGUGACCCCAUACACCACUCCUGGGCAUACCCAUAAAAAAACUCUAUAACCCAGCACAGACUUCUAGUAAUGAGGGACACAAAGCCGGAUUCCCCAAUCCUCUGGGGAUAAUUGACUAAACCAGGCAAGGCCUCAAGUCGAGAUAUUGGGACACCAACCCACCAACAAAACCUUAAACCUUCAGUUUGUCCUACCUUCAGAAUGUUCUGGGACUGGAGCCUAGCAUCAUCAUCAUGAGAGAGACCAGAGAGACUCCACACAGCAACUGUGUGGCACAGACUCAGAGUUCCAGAGCCAAACAUUAGGCAUAGCUCAGGGGAUCCUGCUGAGGAGGCAAGGAAGGAUCAUCAGAGGAACCAGAUGGGUCAGGAACACCACAAGAACAUAGCACACAGAAUCAACUGACCAGGACUUAUGGGGGCUAGCAGAAAUAAGGGAGUCGAUACUGGUCUGACAUAGGUCCUCUGCAUAUUCGUUAUGGCUCAGUAGCUUGGGGACUUUCUAACAGUAGGUGCGGAGGCUGUCUCUGACCCUUUGUCUGCUUGUGGGACCCUGUUCCUCCUACAGGGUUGCCUUGUCCAGCCUUGAUGUGACGGUAUAUGCCUCGUCUUAUUGUAGCUUGUUAUGCUGUAUGUUUGAUGUCCCUGAGAGACCUGCUCCUUUAUGUGGGGAAAUGGAGGCAGAGUGAAACUUGGAGAGAGGGUUUGGAGGGUAAACUGCAGUCAGGAUGUAAUAUAUGA